AUGAGAGAACCGCUGCCGACAACAUUUGCAUGUCUCUUUUGUAAUCACGAAAAUUCUGUCACAGUGAAGCUGGAUAAGAAGCUAGGCCUGGGUAAUUUGUCAUGCAAAGUCUGCGGACAACGCUUCCAGACUGGUAUAAACUAUCUCUCAGCAGCUGUUGAUGUCUAUUCAGACUGGGUUGAUGCGUGUGAUGCAGUUGCUAAAACAACUGCAAAUAAAUAUGAACAAAGCGAUUCCCAUGGUGGCCAAGGCUCAUCAGCCUCCCCAAAGCAGGCCGUGGACCAUGGCAAUGUGGAUGUUCCCUACGAUGAUGACGAUUACUAA